UGGGUAAAGAGCAACAUACUCAGAAAAUAGUAUCCUACUAUAAACAGGGAAUAUUCUUGACUUGAGCUUGCCACAAGUAGCUUUGUACAUAACAAUAGACGGCCAUCAUCCAAAAUUCCAGAGCAGUAGAGACUUGCCUAUCUUCCAGAAUAAAUGUAUACAGUCCGGUCCUCUGGAGUCUUUUGCUUGAAUCGCCGUUGUUGAGGUGUUCUUUCUAAUCAGCCAGCGGCCUCCGUUGGAAAGAAUUUAAAAUUCAAUUGGAUGAAGUAGAUAUUUGGUGCUGCCUGUCGAUUACCACGGAAUCCCAAGCUUUUCAUCUCAGGAAUUACAAUCAUUAGAAGGUGGCAAUAGUGAUGUUGGAACAACGACGAUCAACAUAACAGGUAUCAACAGAAGAAGCUCAUCAAUCCAUGGUUGACAUUGGAUCGACUGGACCCUGAACCACAAUUUUUCAGUAGUGACAUUCUAUUGAAUUUAUUAUUUAUCAAUGAGUUCGGUUUUGUGUAUUGCAAGUUCAAUGUAGAUAAUGUUGUGUAAUUUGGUUGUAAUCGUUUGGUGAUUUUAUCACUUAAACGGUUUGACCUGAAGUGCUAAACUCAAUAUCAAAUAUAGGCGAAACCAUUUCUUCUCUUUUUUGAACAUCGCUUGAGUUUUACUUGAGCCGAUUUUCAUAAAAAAUCUACACGCUUUGCACAUUCAUAUAAUUUAGGAACUGUUUCAUUUUGAUUCAUUGCUAUAUUAGUAGGAACGAAUAUGAAUAGUAUCAAUAUGAAUAUGAAUAUGAUGAAUAUGGGUGGUAUGGGCAUGAAUAUGGGUAUGAAUAUGAAUAUGGGAAUGAAUAUGAAUAAUAUGCCUAAUAUGAGUAUGAAUAUUCCAAAAUCUUCACUAGAAGAUAUUUCUAACUCUUUCAAAGAGAAAAAGAAAAGAAAGCCUAAAAACAGUAAUAAUCCUGGAAUGAGUAAGAAAAGCAAUGGCCCUGGAAAGGGGAAAAAGGGUGCCGCAGCGGCUAAAAAAGCCAACAGCUCUGCAGCAAGUAAAGAAGGUGAGGAAAAAGAAUCGAAACAUAAAUUUAAGCAUAUUAAAACUUUGGAGAAGGAUACUGUGUUGAACGUGGUGGAAUAUUUUCGAAAAGCCAACCCUGAUAAAAGUGUGGACUUUGCGAUGGGCAAAGCAGGUGAAGCAACGGGCAUCAGCAAGCGCUCUGUCUACAGAUUGAGAGCUGAACAACUGAAAAAAGGAGACGGUAAAACACCUCCCAAGAAAGGAAAGAAGAAAUAUUUGAAUAAAAACAGCCGAGCAGUGAAGUAUGAUUUCUUUACAAUUAGUGGCAUAAGGAAAAUUGUGCAUUCAUUAUUCAAAAGAAACAUCCCUCCCACCUUAAAACAAGUUUUGCUUAAGGUCAAUGCAGAUACUACUUUAGAAAAUUUCAAGAAGCUUGCAUUGUAUCGGUUACUUCUUGAUUCAGGAUUCACGUUUAUGAAGAAUAACAAAAAAUCGUUAAUGGUUGAGAAAGAUGAUUUGAUCAUAUCUAGACAUGCUUAUUUGAGGGAAAUCAAAGGAAGUUUAAAAUUCAAGACGCCGAUUGUUUACAUCGGAGAAACGUAUGUGUAUGUUGGCCAGGACGCGCAGAGAGACGUGGUGGUGCCUACCACCUCAACCUCAAUUCCAAACGAUGCUGUUUUACCUGGAUGCAAAUUUCGGCCAAAAGACUUUGCCGAUAAAGGACCUCGCUAUGUCAUUGUUCAUGCUGCGACGAAACAAGGAUUUUUGAAGAAAGCAAAACUGAUGUACCUGGCCCAGAACAUCAAAGACUUUCAUCCCAGUUCAUCAACGUUUGAAAAAUGGUUCAAGGAACAACUGUUGCCGAAUCUUCAGCCCAAUUCAAUAAUUGUUUUCGAUAGUGGCAUCUACAAUGCAACCACCAGUCAUGUUCCGAAUGCAAAAAGUUCGAAAGAAGAACUCAAAUUUUGGUUGAUUUCGAAAAAUGUUCAUCUUCCUGAAGAUAGUCUAAUUAGGGAACUGGUAAAUGAAGUGGACAAAGUGAAACAUUUGUAUUGCACAAGUAUGGUGGAUGAGAUGGCAAGGUACCAUGGCUUCAGGAUUGUCAAGCUCCCACCUCAACAUUCCGAACUCAAUCCCAUAGAGUUCGCCUUCAACCAAGUUAAGGAGAUAAUUGCUGUGCAAGCUUCCCAGACCAGAGAGGAAAUCACCACUCGUACCAUUGAUCAGGCAUUUGAGGCGGUUACUGCACAAAAUUGGAGAAACUUUUUCAAAUAUGUAGAAAAGACUGAACAGACAAUGUGGGAUGUUGAUAACAUACAGGACAAUGUGGAGCCCUUGAUGAGUCAACUGACGCCUUCAUCAGACGACGACGACUCUUCUGAUGAAGAAUCAGUCACUCCUCAAGCUACUCCAGGUAGAAAGCGUAAGAAUAAGAAUAUGAUGAUGCCUGAUGCACUUCAGCAGCAGCAGCAGCAUCAACAGCAGCAGCAGCAGCAGCAUCAGCAUAAGCUAAUGCAUGAUGCUCACCAACAUAAGCUGAUGAGUUUUGCCAACAAUGCUGUUCAGAACAUGCAGAACACAGGUGCGGGACAGAUGCUGCUGCCACAACUCCCACAAAUCCCACAAAUCUCUCAAAUCCCACAAAUCCCCCAACUCUCUCAUCUUCAACAAAUCCCGCAACUCCCACAACUCCCACAUCAUUAAUCACUAUCAAAAUAUUCAACAUUUCAUGUUUCUCGUUUUUGAAUCAAACAUGUUAUAGAGUCAAAGUAUUUUUAUCAGGCAAAUUUGAAACUGAUCCCUUGAAAAUGUUCAGUUUCAUUGAAGCGUGAUGCAAAUCAGUUAGGG